AGGGCCUAUAUGUUGGAAGAUUUACGUUGUGGGUUCUGGCGACUCACUCAGCUAUGGAUCCGUUUUAAAUAAUAUACUCCACUCAACUCUACUUCAAAUUCAUUUCGACCUAGUUUACCACAAGGAGGCUUCAGGGCUUCAACUCCACAGGCAGAAGAAGCCGUACAAUCUCUCUCUCUCUCUCUCUCUCUCUCUCUCUCUCUCCCUCUCCGGCGGGAUCACAAAUCAAGAUUUGAUUUCGCAUCUCGGUUGUUUGCUCUCUCAUGGCGGUUGAGAGACUUUUUAAGGAUGAAGCUACCGAAGAGAAGGGUGACCGUGCUAGGAUGUCAUCCUUCGUUGGUGCAAUGGCCAUCGCUGACUUGGUGAAGACAACUUUAGGGCCAAAGGGGAUGGAUAAAAUAUUACAGUCAACUGGUAGAGGAAACAGUGUCACUGUGACAAAUGAUGGUGCCACCAUAUUGAAGUCCCUGCAUAUUGAUAAUCCUGCAGCUAAAGUCCUUGUUGAUAUAUCCAAAGUUCAAGAUGAUGAAGUUGGCGACGGGACUACUUCAGUUGUAGUUUUAGCUGGGGAGCUAUUAAGGGAGGCAGAGAAGUUGAUUGCCACAAAGAUUCACCCAAUGACUGUUAUAUCAGGUUAUCGAAUGGCAGCUGAAUGUGCCCGCAAUGCACUUUUGGAGAAAGUCAUGGAUAACAAGGAUGACACAGAUAAAUUCAGGACAGACUUGAUGAAGGUUGCAAUGACUACUUUAAGCUCGAAGAUUCUCUCACAGGACAAGGAACAUUUUGCUAACCUGGCUGUUGAUGCUGUUAUGAGGCUGAAGGGUAGCACAAAUUUAGAGUCGAUUCAGAUUAUUAAAAAACCUGGAGGAUCCUUGAAAGAUUCUUUUCUUGAUGAGGGAUUUAUUCUGGACAAAAAAAUUGGUAUUGGACAGCCAAAACGCAUAGAGAAUGCCAAAAUAUUAGUUGCAAAUACUGCCAUGGAUACAGACAAAGUGAAAAUAUAUGGGGCACGUGUCCGUGUUGAUUCUAUGGCAAGGGUUGCUGAGAUUGAAGGUGCAGAAAAGCAAAAAAUGAAGGAGAAGGUUCAAAAGAUCAUAGCUCACGGGAUCAAUUGCUUUGUCAAUCGACAGUUAAUCUAUAACUUCCCCGAGGAACUAUUUGCUGAUGCUGGAAUACUUGCUAUAGAGCAUGCUGACUUUGACGGCAUUGAACGGCUAGGACUAGUUACUGGGGGAGAAAUCGCAUCUACUUUUGACAAUCCAGAGUCAGUAAAGCUUGGCCACUGUAAGCUCAUUGAGGAAAUUAUGAUUGGUGAAGACAAGCUGAUCCACUUUUCAGGUGUCGAGAUGGGUCAGGCGUGUACCAUUGUGCUGAGAGGGGCAAGUUUUCAUGUGCUUGAUGAAGCGGAAAGAUCUUUGCAUGACGCCUUAUGUGUGUUGUCUCAAACAGUAAAUGACAGCAGGGUUUUGUUUGGAGGCGGAUGGCCAGAGAUGGUCAUGGCAAAGGCAGUCGAUGAGUUGGCAAGGAAGACUCCUGGUAAAAAGUCUCAUGCAAUUGAUGCUUACUCGCGGGCACUUCUUGCAAUCCCUACGACUAUUGCUGACAAUGCUGGAUUGGACAGUGCUGAGUUGAUUGCUCAACUCCGUGCUGAGCACCACAAGGAGGAAAGCAACGCAGGGAUUGAUGUCAUUACUGGAUCUGUUGGAGAUAUGUCGGUGUUGGGAAUAUGUGAGGCUUUCAAGGUCAAGCAGGCUGUACUGCUUUCUGCAACUGAAGCUGCUGAAAUGAUUCUUCGUGUUGAUGAAAUCAUCACAUGUGCUCCCCGGAGGAGAGAAGAUAGAAUGUGAAAAAUUUAGGUAUGGGGGUGAUCAAGUAAUAUCUGAUGUAUUGAAAAGCCAGCCUACUGUAGUCUGUCAUCAAGAACUGUACUGAUUUGAUAUUUGACGGGCAAACAUGCAUUGACGUCUUAAUUCGUGUUCGUGCGUACUUGUCUUCUGUUUGCAUUUAGAACUUUUUUGUGAUUUUGUUAUUCUUGCAACUAUGAAAUUAGGUUUUGUGCUUUUUGAGUUGAUUAGUGGCAGGCUAAGACUACGAACUUUCACAUUUAUCAAUCUUAUAUAUGUUGUGAAUGUGUACUGCAAAGAUAUGUGUACUGCAAAGAUAUAUCAUCCUAUACUAGGUUUUGUGCCUUUUGA